AUUAUUAAGGCCGGUGUCCUGUGCAUCUGUUUGGACGUUGGGGGCGCGCAAUCAUUAAAAAUCAUGGCGGCGCCCAUGAUGACACUUGCCGGGAAAGUUUCUAUCGUGACAGGUGCUGGUUCUGGCAUAGGCUGGGCUACCAGCGUGCUGUUUGCCAAGCUCGGGUCGAAGCUAACCGUCACUGGGAGAAAUGCUGCGAACUUGGACAAGGUGGCAAUUGUAUGCCAGGACAAUGGAUCAGAGCCGCUGGUUGUUGUCGGAGAUUUGACUAAAGAGGAGGACAACCAGAAACUGAUCCGGAAGACACUGGAACACUUCGGCAAGUUGGACAUCUUGGUAAACUGCGCUGGCAUUAUAUCGCACGUAACCAUUGAAACGACGAGCAUGAAGGCCUAUGACACCAUGAUGAAUGCCAACAUCCGGUCAGUAUUUCAUCUGACAUCUCUGGCCGUUCCUCACUUGAUUGAAAGCAAAGGCAACAUUGUUAAUGUCUCUAGUGUCGGUGGACUGCGGGCGUUCCCAGGAGUGCUAACAUACUGUAUGUCUAAGAGCGCCCUGGACCAGUUCACCAGAGUGACUUCAUUAGAAUUGGCGCCCAAAGGAGUGCGUGUGAAUUCAAUUAAUCCUGGUGUGAUUGUAACCAACUUACAGAAAGCUUCCGGGAUUGACGAUGAAGCUUAUGCAGAGUUCUUAGAACGCUCGAAAACAGCUCACGCCCUCGGGCGACCCGGGCAGCCCGACGAAGCAGCCAAUGCCAUCGCCUUCCUUGCCUCUGAUGCUGCCACGUUUAUCACGGGGGCUACCCUACCGGUGGAUGGCGGACGGCACGCCACGUGCCCUCGAUAAACGAAGAGUUUUUCAAUCUAAAAGAAGAGUGAUUACAACUCUCAAUCGCCUGGUCUUCUAUUUUCACUCUUUGGAAUUUAGAGAUUGAGGACAAAAGAAAUUGCCCCUUGCAUUUUAUGUUUCAUAACCAGAAAUUGGGAUUUCUUGAAUGCUAAAGUUGUCCUGUAUUCCUGCAUUCUUGCCUGACAACGAUCCAUUAUUUCUUACUUGGGCACCCACUUCACAAUUUUUAAAACCCUCCUAUUGUUUGAUCAGUCACAGACAGUCAAAAAUUACUUCAACUUCCCCUGCCUCGCAUUUGUUUCCAGACUAGUCAAAACAGUCAGGUCACAUUCUCGUAGACGCUGUGACUAGUCAUAUUCCAUCAACAGACAAAGAAGGUAACUGGUAGGUACAGCUGGCAUAUCAAUCACCUC